GCUUGAAAGGGAUUUGAUUUGAUCCCUUGAUUUUUCUUCUUCGCGUUUCAACUUUCAAGCGGGGUCUUAAUGCUUAGUGCGACAAUUCUACGGGCUGCUUGUGACUUGUGAGAUGCGAAUACUCAAGAAAUUGUUCAGAAGAUGCCUAUGAAUAUGACUGGAUAACCUCCAGUCUCUACAGACAAACAAGAACCAGAAUGAGUUCUCUCACUUCACUUGGCUUCCUCUCUAUUUUCCUUCCUCUCACUUCUGCAAACUUACUGUUCCAGGGUUUCAAUUGGGAAUCAUCUAACAAGGCUGGUGGAUGGUACAAUUCACUGAAGAGCACAAUUCCUGAACUGGCUAAUGCUGGAAUCACCCAUGUCUGGCUUCCUCCUGCCUCACAGUCGGCAGCACCCGAAGGAUAUUUGCCUGGAAGGCUAUACGAUCUGAAUGCCUCCAAGUAUGGAUCGGAGGCGGAGCUAAAAUCGCUAAUCGGGGCAUUUCAUGAGAAGGGUAUCAAAGUGGUAGCUGACAUAGUUAUAAACCACAGAUCUGCUGAGAAAAAAGAUGGCAGAGGAAUUUGGUCCAUAUUUGAAGGUGGAACUCCGGACGACCUUCUUGACUGGGGUCCAUCCUUCAUUUGCAAGGAUGACACUAACUAUUCUGAUGGAACAGGAUAUCUUGACUCUGGAGAAGGCUAUGAUGCCGCACCAGACAUCGACCAUCUCAAUCCGAGAGUGCAGAGGGAGCUGUCAGAGUGGAUGAACUGGUUGAAAUCUGAAAUCGGAUUCGAUGGAUGGAGAUUUACUUUUGUUAAAGGGUAUGCACCAAGUAUUCUCAAGUUCUAUAUGGAACUAACUAAGCCAGAUUUCGCAGUUGGGGAUUGGGAUGGAGACAGAGAAGCCUUGAAAGAUUGGGUGAGUGCUGCUGGUGGGGUGGUUACAGCAUUCGAUUUCGCCACGAAAGGGAUUCUUCAAGCUGCGGUGCAAGGCGAGUUACAGCAGUUGAAGGACCAAAAUGGGAAUCCUUCAGGACUCAUUGGCAUUUUACCUCAAAAUGCUGUGACUUUCAUUGACAAUCAUGAUACUGGUUCUACUCAAAAUAUUUGGCCAUUCCCAUCAGACAAAGUCAUGCAGGGUUAUGCAUACAUUCUCACACAUCCUGGUACUCCGACCGUAUUUUAUGAUCACUUCUUUGACUGGGGAUUGAAGGAAGAGAUCAGUAAAUUGACUGCAAUCAGGAAGAACAAUGGGAUUAGUAGCAGAAGCACUGUGAAUAUUUUGGCAGCUGAAUCUGACCUUUAUGUGGCAGCUAUUGAUGACAAGAUCAUGAUGAAGAUUGGGCCAAAGAUGGAUCUUGGAAACCUUAUUCCUUCAACCUUCCAGGUUGCUACUUCUGGAAAUAAUUACGCUGUAUGGGUGAAAAAAUGAAGAACAUGAAUUCUUCUUCUAUGAAUUGUAUAAUAAUCUCUCAAAACCCUUGUUGAAAUAAAAUAAGAGAUGAUUAAUUUACGCUUGCA